UCGAGUAAGAUAGUGAAGAGGCAGAGACGCGCUCUGGACUCGACUGCGAUAACAUCCGAUAAUAAUGGCCGAUCCAACCCUACAAACGUUCUGCUGUCAUCACACAAAUCGGACGGAUCGGGCGAUAGCGCUAAUGCAGGAAUUCAAUACGGAUGCGUACAACACAGUGUGCAUGCUCUCAGCGACAAUGGGCAUGAUAGGCGCGAUUUAUCAGAUACUACCCCGAGAGGAUUCAAAUAGUUCUUAUCGUUGGAGGAGUUUUUCCAGAGGACGAGAUAUUAUUGUAUGGCUCGCUGUUGCCGAUCUCUUAGCAUCUUUAGGUCCAGUUUAUUAUCGCAAAUUGAUUAUGCCAAUAAGUGUGUUUGUGAGAUCAGCGUUAUGGAGGAAUUUCAAGUCUAUCAUGCCGAUGGAGGGUGAUAUGCCGAACGUGGUGUUCUGUGCCUUCUUGUCGGCGUGGAUCCAGUAUUUUUACAUGGCCACAUGGAUAUGGACGUUGUGCUAUGCGGUAGACAUGAAACUACUGCUGGGAGACAAAAAUGGACGUCCUACGUGUUAUCACACCUUGGCCUGGGUACUUCCUGCCGUUCUCACCUCAUUCGGACUGAUCAUUCUGUAUAUUCCGGACGCAAACUGUCACAGCCUGACGUCAUUGUCUAGCGCGAUACUUCGUAUUCUUCCGAACUACUUCGCCACAUACGUACUGCUGGCGGUGGUCAUGAUCGUGAAUCCCAUCUUGUACGUCGCAUCGACUCGGGACCUUGAGACGGCGGUUUUGCACAGCAUGGCCCAGAUGACCAGUAGAGAACGGAGGUUGAUACAAACGAUUAGACUAAAAUUCGCUCUCAUCAAUGUUGUCUACUACGUGUGUUGGACGCCCAAUCUAAUUAAUGGAGUAUUAUUGUGGACCUUGUGGUUCCAGCUCCCAAUCAAGGCGAUCAUCACUUUGUGGUACAUAAUGGCUGUAACAAAUCCCCUCCAGGCGUUCUUCAACGCAAUUGUUUAUCAGUCGUGGACCAGAAGGGAGAAGUUACGCUUUGAAUGUUGCCAAGAUGUCAAGUCGAGCACCAAUAUAAAUUUAAACACGAUCGUCAAAAUAGACAGCGACGUGCACAUUUCCGAAUCGUCGCCAUUGCUGAGUUCACAAACGAAACAGAAAAUACCGCAUAUUAGUAUAAAUGGAUCUUCGUCUCUAUGAAGACUUAUUUUAUUGCGUCUCUCAAAUGUGUAAAUAGUACGCGCCAUAUCAUAGUGUUAAAGAAAAAUCUAAUAUAUAAAGUUUUUAUAUAUUAUUAAACCAGACUCGUGCGAAUCGCGCAUCUUCGUUCACAGGUGCGACUCCUACAAGAUUUCUCAGAAGACGUCUAGAUAAAGUAAUAUUUUAUUUUAAAAUUUUUCGAAACAUCCUGCGAUAAGAGAAAUUUUGUAUAAAAUAGAGUUUUUUAAUAUAUUACACAGAGAAAUCGUAUUAAAAUAUAGUUUUUUAUACAUUAUACAUUCGCGAUAUAAUAAACACAAAAUGGAAGGACGUAACUUAAUUAAUAUUUAGCGAUAAUUUACUGAGAAUUGAGAUUUUGAGACGUAACAACGAAGAAGAUGCAAGACGAAAAGCGACCGCAUCAUACAAGUUUUUUUAAACAGAAGAUUUAGUAUGUAUACACAUUUACAAUAUAUAAUUGACUGCUUGAACUACUUUGAAAAGAUAAGGUGCCUUUUUAAAAGAUGAUAAAUAUUCGUUUUUACAAGUAUGUGUAUAUAAUGUGUUCUCAUAAAUAAAAAGAUAUAUAUAACAAAAUAGAA